GAGAAAAUGGAAGACAUGGCUUUUAUUAAACGUAAAAGCAAGAACUCAAAUUCCUUUCCCCGUCCAAAACAACGGAAGGUCGCAAAGCGGACAGCGGGUCCCACUUCGCUGUAUCGAGCGAUCCACGUGCUCAUCCUCGAACCCGAGGCCGAUACCAAACCAACGACACCUUUAAAUCCCCGAAUCGGAACAAAAUCCGACUCGAAAUCGAUCCAGCGAUCUCAAUUUCCCCCCAAAAUCUUCCUCGCGCCACGAUCUGAGAUGGAAGACCUUGCGUUUGGCGACCACAUCCGAGCCCCCUUGCUGUCCGAGGGAGGUCGAGAGGGCGAGGUUGUAGUAGGCAUCGAUGGCGAUGCGGAUGAUGAUCGCUGGAGUGAGAGUGGCGGAGCGGUGACGACGGUGGUGGAGGAGGAGAAUCCGUUCGAAUUUCUCGGAGCGCCGUCGUUUUCUCUGCCUCCGCCUAGCCCUAUCGACCCGUUCCGGAACCACUCGCCGCGGAUGGGCGUCUACGGGUGGUUCAAGUUAGUGGUCUGUUUGCCGAUCGCGCUUGCUCGGCUGGUGCUAUUCGGUCUCGCGCUUGCGUUGGGUUAUCUGGCUACGAAGCUCGCGCUGACGGGUUGGAAGGAUAGGCAGAUGCCAAUGCCGCGGUGGAGAUGCAGACUCAUGUGGGUUACGAGAAUCUGCGCACGGUGCAUUCUCUUCUCAUUCGGGUAUCACUGGAUUAAUCGAAUUGGAAGACCUGCUUCCCGAGAGGUUGCUCCUAUUGUUGUUUCUAAUCAUGUCUCAUAUGUUGAACCCAUAUUCUUUUUCUAUGAACUAUUCCCGACGAUAGUUGCUUCUGAGUCACAUGAUAGCCUCCCCUUUGUUGGCACUAUUAUUAGAGCCAUGCAGGUUAUAUAUGUUGAUCGGUUCUCACCAUCAUCCAGAAAGAAUGCUGUGAAUGAGAUAAAGAGAAAGGCUUCAAGCAACAGCUUCCCUCAUCUUCUGUUGUUUCCUGAGGGUACCACUACAAAUGGGAGGUUUCUUAUCUCAUUUCAGCAUGGUGCUUUCAUACCUUCUCUUCCUAUCCAGCCAGUGGUGGUCCGAUAUCCUUUUGUACAUUUUGAUCAGUCAUGGGGACACAUUUCUCUUGCCAAGCUGAUGUUCAAGAUGUUCACUCAAUUUCAGAACUUUAUGGAGGUGGAGUACCUUCCUGUCAUUUUCCCUUAUGAAGAAGAAACUGCAUCUCAUCUUUCUAAAAGAACCAGCUAUGUGAUGGGGAAAGCCCUUAAUGUUAUUCAGACUUCUCAUGCUUAUGGUGAUCUAAUGCUCCUUACAAAAGCAUCAGAUUUCACAAAGGACGAAUGUUCUAAUUUCUUGGUAGAAAUGGCGUGGGUUGAAAGU